AGUUGGUGACUCAGAAGGAGAAUGCCAUUCAUUGUUUCUGUCUAUCAUAACCCUCUCCUUUCCUUAUCCUGUCAUGAAGCUCAGCAGAGCCAUUUCGUGUCUAUUUAGCAUCAACAGUUGCUCAAUGACUCCAACAAAGCGACCCUUGAAGAAUUUAAUCAUCAGGCAAUAUGUGAAGGAGCUCCAUACGUACCACAUUAGAGAUGAAAGUUACAGUGGCCCAGUUCAACAACGCUUGCUCUCUCUCUUACUCAAACAGCCAACGAGAUGCCAGUGUCUCCAAAUCCAUUCUCAGUUUAUCACAACUGGGUUACACCAAUGUAAAAUCGAUAAUACAGGGAUGAUGAUCUGGAAUAUGUUGCUUAGAGAGUACUCAUUGGAUAAUUUCCCUGAGGAAGCUUUGGAACUCUAUAAACAAAUGAAAGAAACUUUGGCAUCUUCUUAUUCUUCAAGCUUGGCUGAUAGCUUCACCUAUUCUUUCCUGCUCAAGGCAUGUGCUAGCUCACACCAACCCAUCAAGGGAAAUCAAGUGCACGCUCACAUUUUCAAAGUGGGCUUUGGAUUUCAUCUAUACGUGCAGACAGCUUUGGUGAAUAUGUAUAGCAUUUGUGGUUGUUUGGGUGAGGCGAAAAGAGUGUUCUAUGAAAUGCCUGAAAGGAACUCGGUCAGUUGGAAUUCCAUGAUCACCGGUUUAACAAAUUGGGGUGAACUGAAUAUGGCUCAGGCACUGUUUGAUGAUAUGCCAAACCGAACAGUUGUCUCAUGGACUGUUAUGAUUGAUGGGUAUACCCGGAUGAACAGGCCCCUGGAAUCUCUCAUUUAUUUUUGCAAAAUGCUGGUAGAAGAUGGAAUAAAACCAAAUGAAAUAACAAUCUUAGCAAUCUUCCCUGCAAUUUCAAAUCUCGGGUUACUUGAAUUUUGUCAAUCAAUUCAUGCUUACAGUGAGAAAAAUGGGUUCAUGGCAUCUGAAAUUCGCAUUACAAAUUCACUUAUAGAUGCAUAUGCAAAGUGUGGGUGUAUAGAGAGUGCAUUCAGAGUGUUUGAGGAGGUCUCAACUGAACGAAGAAGUUUAGUAUCUUGGACAUCAAUCAUUUCUGUGUUUGCAAUGCAUGGGAUGGCAGAAGAAGCAGUGAAAUGGUUUGAGGAGAUGGAGAAGAUAGGUUUGCGUCCAAACCGGAUCACUUUCUUGGGUGUUUUGAAUGCAUGCAGCCAUGGAGGAUUGGUAAAUGAAGGGCUCAAGUUUUUCUACAAAAUGGUUAGUGAGUAUGGAGUUGUUCCUGAUAUCAAGCACUAUGGGUGCUUAAUAGACAUGUUGGGGAGGGCAGGGAGGUUAGAUGAAGCAGAGAAGAUGGUUUUGAAGGUGCCCAAAGAUGUUAUCAAUGUGGUGGUUUGGAGGAUUCUUUUGGGUGCUUGUAGUUUUCAUGGGAAUGUGGAUAUGGGUGAGAGAGUGAUGAGAAAGAUAUUAGAGAUGGAGAGAGGCUAUGGGGGGGACUAUGUGUUAUUAUCUAACAUAUUUUCUAGUGUUGGAAGAUACGAGGAUGCCGAGAGGGUCAGGAGAUUGAUGGAUGAGAGGAAUGCCUUCAAAAUUCCUGGUCUAAGUUUAAUCUGAUUUAAUAUGCAUGCUCUUAUCUUUAUUUUGUUUUCCAGCAAAUAUAUCAUUACACAAUGGAAAUACUAUUUGAAGUCUAA